AUGCCAGUGGACGAGUGGACUCCUAGUAAAAUCACGUAUGACCCACCCGAGAAAGGUCGCUUGGGGUAUUCCGAUCCCGUAGAAUACCAUGACGUGACCGAACAGCAACAACCACACGUUCCCGCAAAGCGCGCCCGCCCUACGGAGCAAGAAUUCUCCGUAAGGAAGAAGCGAUUCUUCGACGAUAUACGACCUCUCCCAACCUCCCCGAACCAACACAAGUCCAAGAACAACUCCCGAAAAGCAUCCUCCAGCAAUUCGAAGUCGCGGUCAGCGUCUACCACCAAGCAGCGAGUGCACGUGGACCUUACCCAGGAUGUAGACAUGGAAAGCGUUGAUGGACGUGUACCAGAAAGCAUUGAUGGCGGUGUUCCAGAAAGCGUUGAUGGUGGUGUUGCAUUGAGCAAUGUAAGCGUUAAUGGAGGCGUUUCAAUCCCUCCCUCUGAAGCCGCUAUGGACAUCUCGUCUCCUGUAUCUUCGCGUGCGGCAAUGCAAUUCAGAGCCGAGCAUACUGAACUUCCGGAAACACCACUACAAUCGAGACAAGACAAGGGCAAAGGCAAGGCUACUGAGAUGGCGCCACCUCCACGGUUGCCCACGCCGGACUCCGAGGAAACACAUUCCCCACCUCAUCAACCUACGGAAAGUGAAGUCGGAAGGAUUGUCUACGCUUACCUUCGCGAACUUGGGCUGGAUUUAAUAAACCCGCAAAAGAGUUUGGCGAAAGCCUUUGAUGCUCUAAGGAAAGAAAUGGAUGAGCCUCUAGACCUCAAGAAGUGGUGCUUGCCGGCAAGAUUCGACAAAGAAGGGACAGAAGUUCCGUUCAGUGGCAAGCCAUUCUUCCAAGUCCCCUUGAAUAUUGUCAAUGAGCUUUCGGAUGCGAUUGCACAGGGAAAUUUCCUGGAUGGAGAGUGGGCGCCUUUAUGGGAUGCCUUCGAGGAAUUCUAUCCCGACAAGCUGCCCGGUGCCAGGAUGAGGGCAGAGAGGGAGGCUGCAAGUCAGAGUGCUUCUCAGCAGGUGCCACCACCAACGCAACCGAGGGCAAUGAGGGAUAGUGCGAAUCAUGGAGCGGGGCCUUCUCAGCAACCAACACCGUCAACGCGACCAAAGGCAAAGAAGCGUGCAAGAACUGCUCGACAGUCUCCUGAGCCGGAAGAACUUCCAUACGGCCCUUGGCUCACCCGUUGGGCUAUGAGUUUGGGCCCAGAAGACUUCACGUUCCCUGGAGAUUGCCCAUGGGCAUAUAAGAAAGUCGUUAAUCUGACCCACGAGGAACGGGUGGACAUUGCGAUGAAGUACCACAGCAAAGAGCUGACCGACAUUAUCGGGAGAAGGCAGUUCAACUGGUGCAAAGCAGCGCUUAGAUAUCAUGGCUUGAUUCGCUAG